CAUAUUUGAGAAAUCUCCAAAAAGUUUAUGGAAAAUGUGUAUUAUUAAAAAAAACUAUGCAUGGAUUUCAAUAAUUAUUUAUUUAUUUGAGAGGUAGAGACAGACAACUCCUACCCACUGGUUCACUCCCCAAAUGCCCACAAUACUCUGGCUGAUGCCAGGAGCUGGAACUCAAUCCAAGUCUCCCACAUGAAUGGCAGGGAACCCAUUGCAUCAACACUGCAGCUUCCCACGAUACACAUUGUUGGAAGCUAGAAUCAAGAGCAGAAGCCAGGUGCUCUGAUAUGGGAUAUAGAUGUCCCAACUGAUGUCUUAACCUCCAGGCCAAAUGCCAUCUCAGGUUACAAACUUUUGUGGCACUCAAAUAAACUUAUCUCAUAAUUUCAUCUUCCAUGAACUUUUUGAAGUCCUCCGUAUUUCUUGGAUGAUGUGGGGAAGCUGGUAAGGACUGCCUCUCAGUAGCAGUAGAUGGUUCAGUUACUGGUGCUUCGACUUUCCCUUGUUAGAGUGCUCAUCAAAUAGAAGACAGCUGGCAUGCAGAGAAAGAUCACUAAACUGGUUCUGUCAGGUGCAGCUGUCCUUGGAAGUAGCCAGGUCUAUUGUUUCUGGAACUUCCUAUUCUGUUUAUGUUCACAUAGGGACAAUCAGAUGCAAGACGUCAUUUGCCUUCAUUGAGUAAGAUUAAACAAAAAUUAGCCCAUCUGCCUGCCUUGGCAUCCAUCUUUUCUUCCUCCUCUUACCAAGGAGGAUAAGAAAUGGUUCAUUGCCCGUAUAGUCUUGAGACGCAUGUCACACUUUCCCAUCAGCCCUCAUCGCUGGUCCCCUGGUAGCUUCCUGCUUGGUAAAGGUCUUAGAAUAUUGCAGGAAUUUGAAUGGAAAGAUGAGCAGAGAAGCCCACACAUAACUGCUUAGGUCAAGGAAGACUGUUGAGUCAACUAAAACUGAGAAGCUACCGUGAUGGAAGGUCAUGGGAGACAGAGCUCAAAGAGUGGUUAUUUGGAGGUCAGUAGGUGGAAAUUGCGAGAAGAGCAAAAAACUCUGGGCUGAUGAAGGAAGUCCAUGUAGGACAGUGGUUUUAAAUCUAUGUUGUGGUUCUGUGAGACAUUACUGGCAGUGUCAUAAAUAAGCAGGUGUAGCCAAUUAAGGGUCGCAGAAACCCUUCUCUGCAAUCGUAGUCAACUUCACUUAUGCAUUUCCAUUUCCGUGUGGUGGCAAAAAGAAAAAAAAUCUUUCCCAUUCAGACUUAUUUUGUCUCCACUGGUCCAAAACUCAGCCUCUUUCGGGGGAAAGGACAAAAUCUAUUCCCAGUUCGUUUUCUUCCAAUCUCCCCUUGUUUCUUUCUAAAGGGUAACUGGGGUUCUUUGGGGGUGCUAGGGUGGAGGGCCUGGAGGUGAUUAAGGGUUGCCCUGGUAUUGGCAGAGGGCCCUCUGCACAUCCUCUGCUCUUACACACUUCAUCGGAGGCCAUGCCUGCCCUGCCAGCCCAGACUGCAAAGCUGCUUCUGGGGGCAGCCCUCUCAGUCCUUUCAUAGCCCCUGUGCACACUUUGGGGCCUCUUGGCCACUUUGCUUGGCUACGCUGGGAUGACCUGCACUCUGGGAGGCAGGCUGUGCUCACACCCGGGCAGCUCAGCAGUCAGGCGUGCUCCCUGGUUUGGGUCAUGCUGGACACAGGGCUUUGCUAUGACACAGGGUGGUGUCCACGGACAUAUCCCAGGAUGCCAAGUGUUAUUUCUCCCUCCCAGAGUUCCCCACCAAUCUGUUCCUUCAGGAAGAGGCCAGGAUUUCUCCUGAUUGGUGGUGUUAGUGGAGCACAGAGGCGCUUGACCACUCUCUGAGAACUUGCAGGGCCACCGUCCUCUGCUUUUCCUCUUCUCAUCUGCUGAUAUAUUCUGUUCUUUUGAGUAAGAAAAAAUAACUUCAGACUUCCAUGCAUUCUUCUGUCUUACAAUACAGACCCUACAGUCUGGCUUCUUAGAUAUUCUGGCUUUGGGGGUUUGAAGAAACACGCAAAAACAUGCUUCCACUUUCCUACUUUCAAGCCCAGUGUGAAUCUGUAGAGUGGACAGAUCUUCAGGAUAUUCUCCAGCCAUAUGGGCCAUAGGAAAUGCUUUAUUUUUCAUGUUGGAUUGACUACUAUGACUUUGUUUCAUGCGCAUUGUUAUAGACUCCUCCCAAGGAGGAUCCCAGGAGCUGAGCUGCUCCCCAGGUCCAGGAGAGACCAAAACCCCUCAGGCCAUAAGAUAGAUCUCGGUGGGUGGCACACACUCAAGUCUCCCAGAUGCUCACUGUUUCAGAACUGGGUGGGGAGACUCCAGAAAGUAUCCAAAGGCACCCUUAGGUGCUACUUCUGUUGCUCCUUUUUGCCCAUGAUGUAAGCCCUUGCACACAUCGUGUGUGUACAACACCAGUGUAAGUGGUGACAGGUGCAAGCACAUGGCUGUGUUCAGAAUCCAUGCAUGGUGCUGAGUCCAGGGCAGAGAGAGGUGCUCAUGGGAGCCUCCGGCCUGAGAGACUCCCCCUGGGUCUAGAAGCCUGUGUGUCUAUCAGGAGAUCUGGGGUAGAGAGGAGUGGGAAAAAUUAGGAGUAGAAGAAACGUGUGAUGCUUUAUUUCUCUGUUGCUGCACGAACCAAUUUCACUUUCUACUUGUAAACUGCUUAAAAGCCUUCAUUAUGUAGAUAGCAAGACAAGUUCAUGCUCACUAAACAUAAGGCUUCCCGACCGGUUCUACAGCCUCAAACCAGUCCCAGCUGUUGUAGCUUUCAUUACCUGCCGCUUCCAACACACCUGUUGUAGUAGCCGUCAGGCGGAGAGUUCGGGUGCCCGCAUCACUGAGUUUGGAGGCUGCACAGUGGAAUCUCCUUGGAGCUUUGAAAGCACUGACAUUUGGGCCCCAGAGAGUCUGACACAGCUGAUCUGGGCCUGGGUGUGUCAAACCAUCCCCCGACCCACGGUGCUUCCUGUAGCCAAGGCUAUGAGAACAGUUAAUGAAUUCUCAUAAUCUUGUGUCACUGGUUUCAGGUUGAAGCCUGCUCUCCUGAGAAAAGGGAACAGUCCAAGCUUCUGGAACCAGAUAGAAAAGAAAUGAGAAACAGUCAUCACACCGACCACAAGCCAGCUUUAGGGGUUGAUGAGUGACUGCUGGUCCUUCCUCCAUGUUUCCCUCCAAUCGCCAGCUGUCCCAGGCAGCUGCAGCUCAUUCCACCUCCAUCCUUGACUUUCUGAAGGGAGAGAGGGGCUCGAGGAACUGGUCAGGGAAACAGGAGCCUGCCCAGCCUGGGAGACAUGCAGGAAGGGGCGGUGUGUCCCGGAAGGAAGGAAGGAAGCCUGCCAGCAUCACCCACCCAGGACCUCCUUGGAGGAUGGCCUGGGAGGACUGGAGGGCCGCAGAUAGGAGGAGGAGAGCAGCCUCAUGCUCUAGGAAUGGAACAGGUUUUAAGUUCCAGGGCUGCUGGGCUUGGAGCCCAAGAGAGCUGCACCUGGGACCCCAGUGUCACCCUCUUCCCCCUAACCCAGUCCUAGGUGAGAGUCUGCCAGGCCCUGGCCUGGCCAUAUGACUUUGGCCAUUUUUGCACUUAGCUGGCUGUCAGUUCUCCCAGAGCCGAGUGAGUGGGUGGGAGUAAGCGGCUCUUCAGCUUAAAGAAGCACCGGGGUUGCACUGCAGGUAAACUGAUUUAUUUAGCAAUCACAGUAGAACUAGCAGCUAACACUUGUCCUAGGGUGCCGGCCACUGGGUGACACGCACCAGCUCAUCUAAUCUCUCCUCCACUCGGUGAGAUGGAUGCUGCUAGAAUCUAUUUUCACAAAAGAAGAAACUGAGCUACCAGAAAAUUAGUGACCUGGUUCUCAAAGGCAGUGGGAAGGCGCAGCAGUGUUAACAGGGGUCUCCGGAUCUGACGCCCCGCCGGUGGCCAGCUCAGUUCGCACCCGGAGGUCGAGCCGAGUCGCGAGGUGACAGGUGAGCUGUGCCAACCGGCUUCAAUGGGACCCCCGCCGCGGCCCCUCGAUUUCCCAGGCGGUGGUUUGGAAGCGCACACGAGCAGUCUCCGGAAGCCCCGGCGUCAGCGGGACCCGGGCAGGAGCGCCUCCGGGCUCGCGGGGGAUGCGAAAGGGCAGCCCAGUCUCGUCUGCUCGCCCGGGAGGACACUCGGGGCAGCCUGCUAGCUCGCUCACCGCCCGCGGUCUGUCCCCGCCCCGCGUCUCCGCCCGCCAGCUCCCUGCCCCCGCGGCUGCUGGGCUGGAGCCGGGGAGCCGGAGCCGCGCCCGGUCGUUCUCCACCGCGAAGGCGGGAGCAGCUCCUGCCCGGCGCCCAGAUCCGACUCGGAGCGCGCGGCGCGGCGGGGCCUGGGCCACCGAGGCGCCUGCCUGCCCCGCGCGCCCCCGGGAGUGGCAGGAAUGUGACCGUCGUGCCCCCGCGCCCCGGAGCACCCUUCAUCGGCUCCCAGGGCCGCUGAUCUCUCCGGGCUGAACCGGGCUCCGAUCCUCGCAUGCCCCCGCAGCGGGGCUCGCUCAGGUGGAUGUGCCCACUGAAGAUGGUGACUCCCUCCUGAGAAGUGGGAACACUUGUACAGGAAAAGGCAUUCAUGAAGGAGAAUAUGAAUGUGUUGCUCAGGCUUGUUUGUGUCGUAGCCCUGCUGAUUUCCCUGGAGGCUGAUAACUGCAAGGAACGUGAAGAAGCAAUUAUUAUAGUAUCAUCUGCAAAUGAAAUAGGUGUUCGCGCCUGUCCUAUUAACCAAAAUGAAAGGAUUGGCACUAUACAUUGGUAUAAGAAUGAUAGUGAAAUCCCUAUAUCUACGGAACGAGAUGGUAGCAUCCAUCAACACAAAGAUAACCUUUGGUUUGUUCCUGCUAAGGCAGAGCACUCAGGGCGUUACUACUGUGUAGUAAGAAAUGCAACUUCCUGCCUCAAAGUUGGAAUCACUACAAAAUUUGUGGAGAAUGAACCUAAUUUGUGUUAUAACACACAAGCUCUCUUCCAACAGAGACUACCCGUUGCUGGAGAUGGAGGACUUGUGUGCCCUUACAUGGAUUUUUUCAAAGAUGAAAAUAACAAUUUUCCCAAAAUACAGUGGUAUAAGGAUUGCAAACCUCUAGUUCUUGACAAUGUACACUUCUCCGGAGUCACAGAUAAGCUCAUUGUGAUGAAUGUGACUGAAACGCAUAGAGGGAACUACACUUGUCGCGCAUCCUACACGUACCUGGGAAAGCAGUAUCCUGUGAGCCGGGUAAUAGAAUUCAUUACUCUAGAGGAAAACAAGCCCCAAAAGCCAGUGAUUAUGAGUCCAGCUAAUGAGACAAUGGAAGUGGUCUUGGGAUCUCAGAUACAACUGAUCUGCAACGUGACUGGGCAGUACAGUGAUGCUGUUUACUGGAAGUGGAAUGGGUCGGGAAUUGAUGAUGAGGAUCCACUACUGGAAGAAGAAUAUAAAUUCUUGGAAAAUCCUUCAUGUAAAAAACGAAGUACGCAACUCGCAAUGCUCAACAUUUUAGAAGUGGAAAGUAGAUUUUAUCUAUAUCCAUUUAUUUGUUUAGCCAAGAACACAUAUGGUUUAAAUGUAGCAUACAUCAAAUUAAUACCUCCAGUCCCUGAUUUCCAGAAGCACACAAUUGGGAUAUGUGUCAUGUUAACAGUGCUAAUUAUGUGCUCUGUUUUCAUAUAUAAAAUCUUCAAAGUUGACAUUGUACUCUGGUACAGGGAUUCCUGCUAUGAUUUCCUCCCAAAGAAAGCUCCAGAUGGAAAGACCUAUGAUGCAUACAUACUAUAUCCAAAGACCCUCACAGGAGAGUCCACCUCUAACUCAGAUAUUUUUGUGUUUAAAGUCUUGCCUGAAGUCUUGGAAAAACAAUUUGGGUAUAAGCUGUUCAUUUAUGGCAGGGAUGACUAUGUUGGGGAAGACAUUGUUGAGGUCACUAAUGAACAUAUAAAGAAAAGCAGAAGACUGAUUGUGAUUUUAGUGAGAGAGACCUCAAACUUCACCUGGCUGGGUGGGUCAUCGGAAGAGCAGAUAGCCAUGUACAACGCCCUCAUUCAGGAUGGAAUUAAGGUUAUGCUGCUGGAGCUGGAGAAGAUCCACAACUACGAGAAGAUGCCAGAAUCCAUUAAAUUCAUUAAGCAGAAGCAUGGGGCCAUCCGCUGGUCGGGGGACUUCAAAGAGGGGCCACAGUCCGCCAAGACCAGGUUCUGGAAAAACGUUCGGUAUCACAUGCCUGUCCAGCGGCAGGUGCCUUCAUCCAGUCGCCAGUUUCUGGCCACAGCCUCUAACCCAGACACUAAGAAGAAACUGCAAAGAGAAAUUCACUUGCCUCUUGGCUAACCUGGGGAGGCUGGGGUUCUCUGAUUGCCUCUUGUCUUAUGGCACUGCAGGCGGGCCUGUGCCUCCUGCUGUCUUGGCCCUGUUACGGUCCCUUAUACCCAGCGUCACCUGGAAACAGAUUGUUAAGGGAGCAGGGUGUGGUGAUGUAGCAGGCAAAGCAAUUCAGAGCAGAGGCCUUGGGGAGGGCCUUUCAAGAGGAUGCUCUGUUUGUUCUGUUGAGAAAAGUCUUGGAGAUGUACCUGGCGGAAAGGACACGGAGGACUUCUGUGAAGUCCAGGGCGGGGCUGUGGCCCGCUCUGGCCCUGGAGUGGCUGAGCUGGGCAGGGUUGCAGGGAGAGCACAUACAGGAAGGGCAACUUCUCUGAGAACUUUCCACGGACUUGUAAGUCCCCUAUAUGCCCACAGCCAGUAGUCGGUUACCAAAGAUGGCUUUUCCCUUUACGGAACGUGAAAACUCUCAUUUUAACAAACAAAGGGAUUCCAACAGUUUGAAAUCCCCUUGGCUUUCUGCAGGAGAGAAAGAAUUUUAAAAGCGACAGGAGCAGGGAACUAAUUUACCUCUUAGGGCUCUUCUCCCUGGAGUGGCCAUCCUGUUCGUCCCUAUUCUUUUGCCUUUUACUCAGCUCAUCCCUCCUUUGCAAGGAUGGCUUCCCAGGGUCUCCCCCACUCUGCUCUGUCGCAGGGACACCCCUCAGAUAAACCACCCUUCCUAAAAUGCUGCUCUCGUCUCACCCUGCCCCUGCGAAACAGCUCCCGAGGGCUCAGAGCUUUAGUUCAGGAGCUACAGUUGGAGUUUUCCCAUCAGUUGCUGCCUCCUCCCGACCUCCCCAAACUGUGCUACUGUGAAUUUCCGGGUCAGCGUCCCCGGCCUCUGCACCUGCCCCCAGCGCUCCUCCACCUAGACUGGUGUCUUUCCUUCUUGUGUUUUCUCUAGUCAGCCCAACAUGUACUGAAAUACAGAACGGAGUCUAAAGAGACAACUUGUGACGCCCUCUCUCUCCUGCCAGUGUGAGAGGGGUUCCCUUUCCAGCUGCAAUCUGCUCUCUGCUGCAGGGGCCCUGGUGUCGCUCCUCUGUUUCUCACUGCCUUCUGCAAGUACUUUGCAUGCGUGAUGUAGAUUUGAGUGAUGCCUUAGGGUUUAAAGCAUUCUUAGAUUAUUUUAUUUAAGUUUCGCAAUGAUUCAAAUUUUAUAUAUGGAGAAAGAGACCUAUUUUUAAAAAGUCACACCAUUAGUUAUAUUCAAACUAGGACUUGGACUCGUGUGUCUGGCUUCUGACCAGGGUUCUGAGAGUUUGGAUUUCAGGUCCGUGACUCGACACUUUUGAGAGAAGAAAUAAUAGCUUUCAAGGAAGCUAAUGAAUCUGGGAAUACUUGUAUUUAAGAAAUCAAAUUCCAAACUUUUGAUUGUUAGAAUUUAUAAAAAAUCAUAUUUAGAGUUUAUAAAACCUUUUUUCUUAUGAUUUUCCUUUAAAUAUUUUUAAUCAAAGAUGAAAUUUUUUAAUAUAGAACAAAUAUAUAUAUUUUUAGUUUGAUUUCAGACCUUGGGAUAACUAGGGAAACCACCCCCACAUCUGCAAAGUCAAGGUUAUGGGCCAUUUAUUGCAGGACAAUUGCAAAGUUUGAAAAAGUAUAUGACCAGGGACAUGUUUUCUAGCUUUAAUGUGCAAUCUUAUGGGUAUAUUUGCACUUCUACUGAAAGAAGUCUUUUUUUUUUUUCACCCUGAAGGUGUCAGAACCAGACAGAGGCAUGGAGUUUAGGAUUUUGAGCCUGGGUCUGGACUGACAGCACCGAGUGAUAAUGCAUGUCCCAGAGCUCUGCUUUGAGGGAAAGGGCAGCACGGCGUACAGGGGUGCAGAGGAGUGACCUGUCCCCUGCAUCUGUGAGACGCUUUCAAAAUGCAGUGUGGUUGGUGACUUUAGUCUGUUUUCUGGAAAACAUGUUUGCAUGUACCACGCCAAGAAGGCAAGGCAAUCCUAAACAUUAGAAGUAGUGACGAAACGGGCCAGAAAAUAAGGAAAUGGGGGAGCAACCAUGGAAUAUAAGUAGCCAGUCCCUGGAGUCUGGGAAGGGACAGAGUUAAGGGAGAAGCCUGGGCCAGCUGAGGUGUCUCCCUAACGGAAGUGCAAUGUCACUCCGGGUACCUGGGAGGAUUCCAGAGGAAGAAGCCACAUUCCAGGGUCCCUUGAACUUCCUUUGCCUUUUGCUCCCCUCCCCCACCCCAAACUUUUGAAAGCUCUUCCUUCCUGUUGCUUAGAUUGCAUUGCACUUUGUGUUAGUGAUUUUUUUUCCUAAGUCGACCCUAUGUGUUGAUGAAGGGUUUGCAAAGGCAACAGAGGAUUUCAUUACCAGUCCAUAAAACAGACUGCGCAGAAUCUGGAUUUCCCCUAUCCUGCCUUUCUUUUUCAUCUUAUUUGCAAUAAGAGGAAAAGUUUUGAGCCAUUUUGUAAAUGACAUUGUUGAUGUAUUAUGUUUGUACUGGUCGAUGAUGAAGGGUAUUUUUAAAACUUGUUUGUAUACUUCUGCCGCAGAUGUCAACUAUUUUUAUAUCUCAAAAUGCCAAACUCACGUACAGCACACAUUGUUGAUCAAUAGACUGUACUUGUUUUCCAAUAAAAUUGCCAAACCAUG